AUGGUUAUGAAGGUUUCCGUCGCCCUCGUGGCUGCUCUCGCCGCGAUGGCCAAUGCUAGCCAUGAAGGCCUGCACGCUCGUCGUGUGCACCAGGCUCGUUCCGUCAGCGUUGCUCCUGCUCCUGCUGCCGAGUCGACUUCGACCGUCCAGGUGUUCCCGACCCCUGUCCAGCCUGCUCCCGAGGCCCCUGCUACUCCUUCUGCUGAGCCCUCUGUUGCUUCCUCCAGCGCUGCUCCCAGCUCCGUUGCUCCUAGCUCCGUUGCUCCCGUUGCCCCCAGCAGCGUUGCCAGUUCCAGCGUUGCCAGUUCCAGCGUUGCCAGCUCCAGCGUUGCCAGCUCCAGCAUUGUCAGCUCCAGCGUCGCUUCUUCUGCCGCUUCUUCCAGCGUGAUCGCUUCCGUUGCUCCCUCCAGCUCCGCUGAGGCUUCCGUUUCGGCUGGUGCUUCCGCCUCGGCCUCUGCCUCUGCCACUGAGAUCUUGUCUUCCACUGGCAAGCCCCGUGUCACCCGCACUCCCUUCAGCUCUCGCCCCACUGGUUACCCCACUGGUCGUCCCUCUGGACUCUCCUCCUCUGCCUCUGGCAUUUCCUCUUCCGCCUCUGGCAUCCUGAGCAGCUCUGCCGCUCUCCCCACUGGCACUAACGUCCCUGGAGCUGGCUCCGAGUCUGCCAGCGCUAUCACCGUUACCUACACUGUUGGCUCCGGUGACUCUACCAGCCUCGUCACCACCACCAUCUACAUGACCGCCACCCAGGACCACACUGUCACUGCUACCGAGUCCGGUGCCGGUGCCGAGAUCACCAAGCCUGGCCAGGCUGGAAACAACCAGGCUGACAAGACCAAGACCCACACCAACACCCUUCACUCCACCAAGACCGAGACUGUUACUCUCGUCGAGGCUCCUUCCACCUCCGCUGGUGCUGGCAACGGCGCUGGUAACGGUGACUCUUGCAACCCUAACCCCGUUACCGUCACCGCCACUGUCACUGAGACCGUGACUGCUGGUGCCGAGACCACUGCUCCUGCCAACAACAACAACCAGCAGACCGGAUCUGAGACUGUUGCCCCCGUCCCCGAGACCACCGCUUCCGCCUCCACCAGCAGUGCCCCUUACAGCAGCAGUGUCCACCACUACAGCCGCACCCGCACUCUCACCCCUUCUUCCAGCGGUUUCGCUACUCGCACUCCCACUGGAACCCCCAGCGCUAAGCCUUUCCCCACUGCCAGCGGCUUCCCCGCCCCUCCCAGCGGUACCCCCAGCGGCAAGCCCUACCUUGCCAACUGGCGCCGCAACUUCAUCUAA